CUCUCCGCCACCGAUUCAUCUCAAGCUCCAAUGGCAGUUACUUUCUCAUAUCUACACACAGAAGAGGGUCUCAAAUCCCUCAACGAUUUUCUCUCCGGAAAAACCUAUAUCUCCGGGGAUCAAUUGACAAAGGAUGAUAUCAAGGUUUAUGGAGCUGUUUCUGAGAAGCCAAGUGGGUCUUUUUCCAAUGCUGCUACUUGGUAUGAUGCUGUUUCUUCAAGCCUUGCUGCUAGUUUCCCUGGAAAAGCUCAAGGUGUGAAGUUUGCAGCAAGUGGUGCUGCUCCAGCUGCUGAAGCACCUGCCAAAGCACUCAAGAAUGUGUCACAUAUGUUGUUUCUAGUGUGUGUAUAAGUCGAUGAAUUGUCGGCGUGAGUCUCAGUGUCCAACAUGUAGGCAUCAAUACUAUCACUUCCCUACAGUCUGUCAAUCACUUCAUUUUUUGCUUCUUAAGAUGUAUCCUGUUGCUUACAAUAGAAGGAUCAAUCAAACUCUUGGUAUGUAUCUUUCUCUAACUGUAUGCAUAAGCAUAUUUAGACUAUGAAGCACAUACACAUAUACCGACACCGGACAUGACACCGACACUGACAUGCUAACAUCAGUAAUAAUUUGAAAAAAUGAAUAAACCUUCAUAUUUGUUGCAAAGCAUUAGCGUGUUAAAAUGCACAUCUGAGCUAUAUACCAUUGA